CCAGAAAUAGGCCGGGGCUGGAUGACAAAUCAACCUUGGAGCCACGUAACAACCUAGGUACCUAGUGUACGUAGUUUAUUUAGACUUAAUUCGCGACCACGCUGAUCAGUCUAUCACGUUUGUGACAGUCCUGGGCUGUGUAGCCGUCUUUCCAUGUUACUGAAAUUGUCUUGGAGCCAACAGCCAACCCGCAUCCUCCAACUCCUUCAAUGCUUUUUCCCUUCUCUGCUUCACCACAGAAGUCAGCAUUGAUCCCCAUUGGUCCAGGCAGCCCAACUUCUUCACCAGUUUAAUUGGUUCUUUUCCCGAAUCAACAACGGCUUCACAAGGUCGAUUUUGCUUCCACACGUACGCGUUGUUGAUCCGUGAGCAGAAGCUCUUCCGCCGAUUCGGCGUACCAUACUACCGUCUCGUUUGCAAAAUGGUCGCCGUUACGACCCCGAACAUUAAGCACUUUAGCCUCCCUCGCUUCUUCUACCAGCAGCUCACGUACAAACCGUUUGCAGCGAAGGAUGUUGAUCUCUCUGGCCAGACCGCCAUCGUCACCGGAGCCAACACGGGCGUGGGCCUCGAGAUCUCGCGGCAGCUGCUGGACCUGGGCAUCAGCAGGCUGAUCCUCGCCGUGCGCGACCAAGCAAAGGGCCAAGCGGCCGCGACCAAGCUCGCACCCACCGACCCAUCCCGGAUCGAGGUAUGGCACCUCGACCUGCGCGACUACGACUCGGUCAUGGCGUUUGCCGACCGCGCAAAGUCAUCACUCACCCGGCUAGACAUUGCCGUGCUCAACGCGGGCAUCUGCCCGGCCAAGCGCAUCUUCAACGCCAAGACCGGCCAUGACGAGAUCAUCCAGGUGAAUUACCUAUCGACCGCCCUGCUGGCUAUGCUGCUCCUGCCCGUCGCCAAAGCCUGCCGCGCCAACCAGCCCGCCCCGACCAGGAUCACCUUCACCUCGUCCGAGUUCGCGGCCCUGGCCAAAUUCAAAUUUGACCUUGGAAAUGAGCAACCAAUCCUCGCCGCGCUGGAUAAGCGAGAAGAUCGUGUGGACACGGUAGACCGCAUGUUUGUAUCCAAGCUGCUCGGCCAUUUUUUUCUUCGGGAGCUGGCCAGGCGCGUGCCUGCGCGUGUCGCUGUCAUCAAUGCCGCCUCGCCGGGUGCUAUUCAUGACUCUGAGUUCAACCGCGACCUGAACGGGACGGUUUCCGGGGCCGUGAUUGGAGCGGGCCUGCGGUGGGUUGGCAACUCGUCGGCGGUGGGCGCGCGCAUGGUCACGGAUGCUGCGGUGAACCAUGGGGAGGAAACACACGGGCUGUUCUGGUCGUUUCAAAAGCCCGCCGCGUAAGUAGUAAAUUUGUUACAGCUAAGUUACCGCACCGGCUAUGUUGCCAUGGAGCAGAAUGAGUGCUGACGUGGAUAUUGUUGCUAGAAUGGCGCCCAUCAUCUACACGGAAGAGGGCGACAAGAUCUCUGCACAGGUGUGGCAGGAGACGAUGCAGGAGUUGAGGUUUGCGCACGUUGAGGAUUUUCUAAGCAAUGUCGCUUGCUGAACCGAGCAAAGGGUGUGAAAGAGCAGGAAGAAUUGAAGUGUUUGAAGGAUCGAAGUGAUCGAAAUGUGGAAGAUUUGACGUUGCAGAAGACUCUUUGUAACGUAGGCAACGCGAAUAGAGUGGUGAUAUUCGUGGUUGACCGAGGAAAAGUCUACA